CUACGAAUGGCCACGAUUCCGUUUACUCCUCCAACAUCUGGCGCGCACUGCUUCACCGUUUCGAAGGACGUUUUGUCCCUUCUGUCGGCCUUCUUUUCUUUUUAAUCUUGCUCGAUGCCCCCUCCAACUGCUGGCAAUGCCUGGCUUGCUGGCCGGCGCUUUGGUAUCGUAAUUGACGCUGGCUCGUCAGGUUCAAGGUUGCAGAUUUAUAGUUGGAGGGAUCCUAGAUUUGUCUUGGCUGACAAGGGUGACGAACUCGCCAACACUCUACCGAAAGUCGAGAAGGGCACUAGAGAUGGGGAAGGAUGGGUAAAAAAGGCGGAACCUGGUAUCUCUUCAUUCGCCGACCAUCUUCACGAUAUUCCUGGUUAUCUACGACCGCUUCUCGCUCAUGCCAGAGACCUUAUACCACCCAAACUCCAAGCUGAAACACCCUUAUACUUCUUAGCCACGGCCGGUAUGCGUUUGCUCACACCAGAACAACAGGCAAACAUAUUGAGGGAGACGUGCAAUUUUUUCGUCUAUCAUUCACACUUCAAAAUUGACGUUUCCUCCGCCGCCGGUCCGUGUGGUUCCAGCGUCCGAAUCAUCACUGGAGAGGAGGAGGGGCUUUUCGGAUGGAUAGCCGUGAAUUACCUUAUGGACGGAUUCUCCAGUUCGAGUACUAAACACACAACAUACGGGUUCUUGGAUAUGGGUGGUGCAUCGACUCAAAUCGCUUUUGAGCCAAGCAACACGUACCAAAAAGAUAAAAGCGACUUGAUCAACGUUCGGCUACGUCUGUUGGGUGGGAAGGAGAUACAACACCGGGUUUUCGUUGCAACCUGGUUAGGAUACGGCACAAACCAGGCGAGAGAGAAAUACGUUGGGGUGGCGAUCAAUGAGUUUGAGGAAAGUCGGCACGGAGAUGGCGACAACGACGUCGUUGCUGACCCCUGUUUACCAAAACAUCUGGAACUUACGGAGACGCCUGUUCAUGUAGGGUCAGCUAGUGACCAUGCCAAAAAGACUCAUCGUCUAAUAGGCACAGGCUCCUUUGAGGAGUGUAUGCAAAAGUCUUCUCCACUUCUCAACAAUAACGCACCAUGCCCUGACACUCCCUGCCUCAUGAACGGGAUACACGUUCCCCCCAUUGAUUUUUCGGUCUCCCACUUCAUCGGUGUAUCGGAAUACUGGUUCUCUUCCGAGCAUGUUUUUGGGCUCGGUGGACCGUAUAACUUCGUCGAGUACGAACGCGCGGCAUCCAAGUUCUGCUCGAUGGAGUGGGACGAUAUAGUGCGCCAGCAUGAACGAUCUCAGCACAGUGGAGAUGGAGAGGUAGAAAACAAGGACGGUCAAGUUGUUGAAGUCGGGAAAUGGGGUCCACAGGUGGAGUUGUCUCGCCUGAGCAUGCAGUGUUUCAAAGCUGCAUGGAUAGCCAAUGUUCUGCACGAGGGCAUAGGAAUGCCUCGCAUCGUCGACUUCGGGGGCAACAGCACUAGCAACGACAACGAAGUUGCUGAACAGGCGGAGGAAAAAGGUUUGGGACGACCAACGUUUCAGUCUGUCGACACUGUUGGAGACAUUGCGAUCAGUUGGACAUUGGGAAAGAUGGUGCUUGUAGCGAGCAGUGAAGUACCGCCGCUCAAAAAUGCAAAACCCAUCGUCGAUCCUAUUGACGACGUACCCGAAUCAGAAACUUCCCCAAUAACCCCAAUAAGACCCUUCUCAAUGGAGGCUCUCGAGAAUCGCAUAUCUCCACAUCUACCCUAUUCUUUGACCCGACCGUCUUUGGGUUUCUCCCCUGUCAUAUUACUCUAUAUUCUAGUCAUGCUCGUUCUCAUUCUCAUAACUUGGCCCCUCUGGCGAAGACUCCGUCCAGUCUUUCGUCGGUCAUUACGGAGACUAACAAGGAGAGACGUCGACACUUAUUCUCUAGAGGAAGGAAUAUCCCUGAACGGAAAUGGCCACUACCGUGGCGCCUUUUCGACACCGCCCUCACCGAGGAAGAAGUGGCAUCCUUUCCAAAAACUAAUUCCUAAAGCCCGUCCGGUUUCUCGUUCAAGUAGCAGAACGAGACGACCUUCCUCCUUGAACCUUGCUCACCCCCUUGUCUCAGGCGAGGUGUCCCUCAAAAGGGAAUCUCCUGUCCGUUCGAAUUCUUUCCCAUCGAUAAACGUCUCAUCGUCUUCAAGUUCAGGGAAUACGUCGCCUUUACCCUCUCCUGAUCAUGACUUGGAGGUCAGUGGGUCUCUGUACCAUUCUCGAUCUCGGAAUGGUUCCCAGGUCAAUCUCAACAGUGUGAUAAUGCCAAGAACUAUCUCUCGGGUCAACAGCGAACAUUCCUUCGCAGAUUAA